CUCUCUCUUUAUUAAAUGCAAAAAAAGAUGCCUGCUUCUUCCAAUAUGAAAAGAACAGGACGUAGACCAUCCUAUAUUAAUUUACAAAGUGCCAAUAGUAGCACAACAAGUCUAAUCGCUACAGAUGUGUUGUCACCACGUACACCACGCAAUAUCAGCAAAUCUCGACGUUCGUCUAUUGUUGCGGAGCAUGCAACGGAAGCGAUUUCAAACGAGAGCAAACGAAGCAGUAUAGCAUCAGGUCCUCCAUUAUUAUCUGAUAGUACAAAUUCUUAUUUCCAAGAUAUGGCAUCUGGCGAUGACGUUCAUAUCCGAUCCGAGACACCAACACUGCGAGCAAGAAACUCUAUAGACGAUUUAAACAAGCGCAACAGUGGUAAUGCUAGUAGUAGCAGUAGGCGUACACGAUCUUCCUCGAUUUCGAGUUUAUUAGGCUCCACGCAUGUACUACCUAGUUUCGACGUCCAUACGCUGUAUAAAAUUAAAACAACACGUUCAUCCAAGAAAUUGGACCAUUUUUUUGGUGAAUUUGCACCGCAUGAUAUUUGUAUCAAAGAGAUUAGAAAAGAAGGUUUGAAGGCCAUUCUUGAAUCCAAAUCACCUCUUUGUUACUUUCUAUUCCAUUUACUGCAAGAAUACAGCAGUGAAAAUCUGUUUUUCUUUAUCGAGUUGGAGCAGUAUGAAUCCUUCACCUAUGCCUCGUUGGGACAACAAUUGGCCACCGCUCAACAUAUUUUUAAUACAUACCUGACCCGAAAUAGUUACUUUGAAGUGAACUUGGAUGACAAGGUGCGUCGAUCCGUCACCGAGUCCUUGGAUAAAAAGGACGCCAAAUCUUGUUUUGACGGUGCCAAAAGAGCGGUUUAUUCGCUUUUAGAAUCGAGUUUUGUCCGAUUCCAAAAUACAGAAACCUUUCAAGAUAUGGUGGAUGAAUGCGGCGAAUUAACUACGCAUUACGAUGACAAAUCAAGAAGGGCGGCCGUGAAUAGACUAUUAAUAUAUAUUGAAGAACAGCAUACCAAAAUUUAUAAUACAGAGUCAAAUAAUAGCAUGUACCAAAGUGUCAGUCAAACAACAAAAAGGCGCCACGAAUUAAUUAAAUCUAUGAUUCAUGAAUUCUGUCGUACUUUGGUGGGUGUUGAAUUCAAUUAUUAUACUCCCGCUGAUGAAGAAGAACGCCAAUCACCCUCUCCAAGACAGAAUUUUCGCCAUGUGGGAUUUCCUUCUUUUAGUAAUGCUGCAAGUGCUAAUUCUGAAUAAACUAGAUCCCCCUCUCAAUAAUCAUUUAGAAUAAAAAUAUCACAAAAAAAAAACCAUUGUCAUAGAAUGAUUGAAAAAAAAAAUUAAAGAAUACAAUAUUAG